CUAUGGGCGCAUUCAGCAGGUUCACAGUUGAGCAUCGUCUUGUCAACAAGACGUUGAUUUAUUAGUUCUAAAAGUAUACCAAUCACGUUCGAAUAUCGCUAUCCAACUAAAAGUAAAAGCCAAUCACGUUCGAUUGCUACUGAGCGGUUUUCUUCAUUGAACGCGGCCAAUUGGUUUAACCUUAUAUCUAUGCGUCGGGCAAAUCAUUGAAUGUCAGAAGGGUGGAAGCAACGAGGUUCCACUGUCGUUCAACGUGUCAACCGACUAGGAACGUAUACGUCAAAAGAUACGAGAUAACGCGCGAAUCAUACGCAGAAAAAGAAGAAUCUAAAGAUUCUAAUGUCAAUUAUCAAAGAUAUAAAAAGAAGAUGGAGCUAGACAUAAAAGGGAUUGUAUUGAAAUUGUGGCUACUGAAUGCUCUGAUGAUAAACUGCAUCAGCGCAGCGGUACCUCUUAGGGAUCAUUAUCAAAAUCUGAUGGGUGGUCAAGGCUUGUAUAAUUCCAGCGAUGAUGUAGUGAUUCUUAAUGCCACAAACUUCAAAACAAAUGUUUACAGCAGCACAAGGAGUUGGCUUGUUGAGUUUUACAACAGUUGGUGUGGCUUUUGUUAUAGAUUCGCGCCGACUUGGAAAGCUCUGGCAAGCGACAUUCUUUCUUGGAACGAUAUCGUCGUAGUUGCAGCGAUAGAUUGCGCCGACGAUGACAACAAUCCAAUCUGUCGCGAAUACGAGAUCAUGCAUUAUCCAAUGUUGAAGUAUUUCUCCGUGAAUGCGCAUCCACCAUCUUUAGGUUUAGUGAUAGAAAAGGGGGAUAACACCGAUUCGGUGAGGCAUAACUUGAUCAGUAGACUUGAGAUGGAACAACAGGAAGGACGAGGAUCCACGUGGCCUAACAUCACACCAUAUAGGAACGUUGAAAUAACGGACAUAUGGAGAACAACAUCCAAUAAUGUAAAGUAUUUCUUUUUUAUUUUCGAAAAUACGGAUUCCGACUUGGGCACGGAGGUCAUUCUUGAUUUACACAGAAUCAGCAGCUUGCAGAUACGCAGGGUGACUUCCGAUAAUGAACUAUUAUGCGUGAUGAACAAGGUUACCAAAUUUCCGACUUUGAUAGCCUUUGGGCGCAAUGAGUCGCAGAGGGUCGUUAAUGUGAAAGUAUCGUCAAGACAGGGAGUGCGACGGGCUAUUAAGGAUUACGUAAUCGCGAGAGGAGUUAACAUUGAUGAGACAAUAGGUACGACAGUAUCCCACGAUAUUGCACAAAAUGUCGAGAAUGCACAUCAAACAACAAUUGGGGCGAUUGUCAAGUCUCGCAAAGAGCAGGAAGAGGAACAACGUUCGUUGAAAAAGACUGAUGAUUAUCUAUACCAACUCGAUCUAGAGAACGCAUUGCGUUAUUCGAUGAACAACGAGAUAUCUUUAACCAAGUCGAUAGAUGGUGAGAAAAUGGAAGCCUUACGAAAAUACAUCGCGGUGCUGGCGGCGUAUUUUCCUCUACGGCGUAGUAACACAUAUUUAGAGGUGAUACGCGACGUCAUCAAGAGCAGGACUACCAUGACCGGCGAAGAAUUCAGCCAGCUAGCGAAGACAACGGAGGAAGAGAUGUCGCCGGUAUACUCGGGAUUGCCUCAUCAGUGGAUAGGAUGCAAGGGUAGCGCGAAUUCAUAUCGGGGAUACCCCUGCGGAUUGUGGACCAUAUUUCAUAUGUUAACCGUGAACUUCGCGUUGAAACCGAAUAAAGUUCCUCAGGCAGAUUUCUCGCAAGAUCCUGUGGCAGUGCUACGAGCGAUGCAUGGCUAUAUCGAAACGUUUUUCGGAUGUGCUGACUGCGCCGCACAUUUCGUGGAGAUGGCCGGCAAGAAUAAGAUAUUCGACACGCGUAGCAGAGACGAAGCCGUGCUUUGGGUGUGGCGGGCGCAUAAUGAAGUGAAUGCUCGAUUGUCGGGUGAUGCUACGGAAGAUCCCGAGCACAAAAAAAUACAGUACCCCGCGGCUGAACAUUGCCCGACGUGCAGAUUCGUUAAUGGCAGCUGGAACGAGGAAGAAGUGCUGCGAUAUUUAAGAACCAAGUAUAGUUAUAGCAGCAUCAAAUAUGAGGGGAUUAGCUAUAACAGCGGUUUCGGCUCGAUCAACAGCAGCAACAGUUGGAAAAUUAGGUUGGGGAGACUCGCCAAGGAGAAACACACCACCGCUUUUGGCUGGGACUUGAAUGUAUUCGACAUCAGCAUCUGUGUAGUGCUAUAUGUUACUUCAGCAGCGAUACUCGUACUAGUAUGCAUUAAGUUUGCUGUUAAGAGAACUAAAAAAAAGAGCCACAUCAGUCUAUUGCCCAAAGUGUGAUCUUCUCUUCCUUAUGCACUUUGUGCUAUGCAUAAUCGCCGUCGUGCAACAUUCCUGGAUCAGUAAGCGUCGUUUAGAUCAUCUGUCCUAAUUUAAAAAACUGGUAAGUCACAAAUUUUCAGGUUGUGAUAUCAUUCAAUUAUAACGAUCAUUUUUAAAUGGGGUAUCAAAUUGAGAAAAGUCACAGUAAAUAGUAAUGAAAUAAUAAUUCUCAAACAAAAAUCAAAAUAAUGCCUCUCAUAUUAGCAACGAUGUAUUCUCUUUCAUGAGUCUGGAAUAAAAAUUAAAUUGCCAAAUAUGUAAUUACAAAAUCGAUCUUUUUAGUCAUUCUGAACUUAGUAAUUUUAUAAUCUUGUCGCGUCUAGAAUGUUUCUUUAUUAUUGAUUUUUACAAUUGUUUAACACUUUGCCUUGUGAAAGAUAUAAGAAUAUAAAGAUACGCCUAAUAAUACAUAUAGUCAACGAAAUAAGAAUGAAUUAUAAGUAUAUAUACAUUCUUUUUUAAAUAUAAAACACGAUUAUUUAAUAUUACUAUAUAGUACAUGUAUUUCCUUGUUUCAUGAUAUAUGCUCAAACUAGUCGCCAUCAAAUAAAGCAGAUUUAUCUUCCAAAAAUUUACAUAAAUCUUUCUGAUGGCUUUUUGAAAGUGAAAGUGAGACAAAAAUAAGAGCAAGUGAGAGAGACUGAAAAAAUUGUUGGUGUUAAAGUUAGAGUGCUGUCAGAUGAUCAUAUGGAUGAUCCACUGUCAUAAAAUGAAGUCUUUCAUGAAACUAGGAGAUCUAUACAUAGAAUAAUACUCUUGCCAUGUUGUUUGGUAUGCAUUUAUAUAGUAUAUUUAUAAUUGUUUUAAAAUCACAAUAUAUAAAAUGUGAACCGUUCUUUUUAUUUGACGCACAAUGAGUGUGUCGCGACUGAAAUGAAUCUCUAUCGAAAUUGUAUCGUUACAUAUUGCAAUGUAUUAUACAUAUAUUAAACCCUCUCUAAGCAGUAUAAAAACAAUACAACUGAUAAUUACUACAAGAAAGAAAAAAAGCCAAAUGUAAAGAGAUAAUUAUUUUCCUAUUUUAUAGCUUGCAGCUUCCAGAAAUGUUUGUUUAAAAACCUUCCUUUUAUAUUUUUUAUACAGUUUUAUAUAUUUACAUGACAAAUUUUAUACUGUUUAGGGUAAACUGUAUUAGAUGUUCAAGCAAAGAAAAAAAUUGAUAACUCAUAUGUUGAUGUGCAAUUAAAUAUUAAAUGUUUAAAAUAUUGGAUUAAAGAUUAGCCUAUGACGUUUACCAUAAUUGCGUUUGAAUAAUCAGCAGAGAGAUUGUGUAAAAAAGAUAUGAUUGUGAUUCGAUAUGUCUGUAAUAUCUGGAUGAAAGUCGAUCUUUCGUGAAUAAUAUUUCAUUUUGUAAAUAUAAUAUAGAAUGCCAAGAAGAAAUUUCUUCUUUAUUAUUCAUGUAUAUUAUAAGCUAUCAUCUUUCUUAUACAGAUUUUUAUAAUAAAAUAUAAUGUAUAAUUAAAUAUAUAUUCUUACUGUGUUUAAACAUAUAAGUAAUAAUCAAUAUAUUUCAUUUUUGAAAUCUUUAUCUUCUGAAUGUGGUUAGAGUUUCCUCUUAUCAAAUAAUAAAAUUAGAUAACAAUUAAGGAAAUCAGAAGAAACUUGAAAGUCUUUUAUAUUCAUCUAAUUUUAAAACACACAAGAAGAAAGGUACAAUUAAUAUUUAUAUAUAAUUACAGAUAUCAAUAUAUACAUAACGCUUUAAAUGUAGUGUGAAAGAAUUGUGUAAUGGUCUGUGUGCACAAUUUAAUAAAAUAAUAUAUAAUACUAUCCAUUAA